AUGAACCACUCCAUUACCCUGGACUCUCUCCCAAACGAGGUGUUUGUCCAAAUCCUAUCAGGAUUCUCAACAAAGGCACUACUUCCCUUAACAUCAGUGUGCCACCGCUUCCACGCCCUAGUCCUCCGAAUCCUCCACUACCGCCUCCUCUUCAGCACCCCACUGAAAGAAUACAAACUCCUCCUAGAAUGCUUCCAUCCCAGCUCAAAGCUGACAGAGCCACACGUCUUCUGCAAAUAUCUUGGCACAGACGGCCUCAGCGAGCGCCAUGAUGGGGAAGGCUCACUAUACGAGAACGUAGACACAGCCCACCAACUCAGCCGGGUAACGGGUCUAUACUCCCGUUUUCGACCGGAAGUGUGCACGUCAGAAGAGAAGAAUAGUACAACAGGGAGAAACGGAGCCCGUCUUGUACCAUCGCCAGGUAGGAUGCUUCUGUUGUCUGGGGUUGCAGGUUUAAUCAGAGCUGACACGAAUCGGGGUGGAGAUGAUGAUGACGGCGCUGUAACGCGGGAGGUGAUGUUGGAUGGAUUUGAGGAUUUCUCGCAGCUGUGUGUGGUGGCUAAUCUUGUGCAAGUGUUGCCGGGGACUUCGUUGUUGUUGAGUGCUUUGACUAUCGAGGAUGGGGUUGUUCGGUUGUGGAGGGAUUGGUUGUUGCGGCAGAGUCGGAAGUGGAAGGCAGCUACAGAACGGGCUAGGGAGGAGGGGACUGAGAAGGUUUUGAUUCCGCCUGCUUCUGAUGAGAUUUUGUGGGUUGAUACGGAGGAAACUGUUGGGUUGAAGAUGCGUGUGCGGCCUAAGGAGUGGAAUCCUUCCUUGCCCGUGCUUGUGCAUCAGGAUGAUCGGGAUGAGGGUUCGGAUGUUGCUUAUGAGGUGGACUUGGAAGAAGCCCACCAGCGUGACCGAAACACUAUGCACUUUUCUACCGAAGUCCUCGGUCUCCUCAGCAAAGGGGGAAAGAUCCACCUAACUCGUCUUGUUGUUCCAAUCCACUACGUCUACCUCUACCUUGCAAGGGAACGCUCUCCAUGCGAACCCUUCCCGGUGUGA